CCUGCCCACUCAGGGAAGCGUUCUGCAGUCUUUUAGUUUUAUUUUUUCAGUCCACGUGAGUUUUCUACCCUGGGCGCCCCAUUUCCUCAGGCACCCCCCCUGCAGUUUGGGUUUUCCGAGGCCUCGCCUACCUAAAACCAGCCUCGGGUCCCUCCCAGCGCAGCCGCUCCGCUCCCCGCAUCUCUGUCCUGCAUUCGGGGUGGUUUCGCACGUUGACAAGUGCCCGGCCCCGCAGCCCCGCGAGGUCUAAACGCGGUCACAGCCCCGCGUGUCCCUCCCGGGCUCGCACCAGGAGGAAGGAACUGGCACCUUCUCCCGGUUAAAAGGAAUAAGGCUCUUUUGGUGGGGUGGAGAUGCACCUAGGGCGGGCGGUGACGGGGCCGGGUUCCAUCACAGCCCUCCGGAAAGCCCGGCGGCAGCAGCAGCUGGUCAGCAAGCGGCUCCUGCGGGAGGACAGCGCAGCAGAGGAGGGUGGACAGGAUGGAGCAGAGAUCGUGCCGGACCCUCUCUCGGAGGAUGAGGUUCUUGAGCUGCUCAGAGGCAUGCAGAGGGGUUCAGAGGACAGGAAAAGAUCACUCGGCCACCUCCGCUGGGCACUGCAGAACAAAGAAACUCAGCAGAAGUUUGUCAGGCUGGACGGCAGCAUCCGGACACUCAUCGGGCUCUUUACCAGCAGCCAGGCUGACAUGCAGAUGAAGGCAGCCCGCUGUCUCCACGAGCUCUCCCACUCCAGUGACCCUGCGGUGGCUGAGGCAUGUCUGCCAGCGACCUCCUACCUCCUCACCUACCUCUCAGGACACAGCGUUGAGUUCACGGAGCUGUGUUUGUACACGCUGGGGAACCUGGUGGUGGAAAGUGAAGCUGUGAGGAAGCACCUUCUGCCUCAGGGCAUCAUUCCAGUGCUGGCAUCUUGCAUCCAGCACAUGAUUCGACUGGUUUGCUCUGGCCUCAAGGCUGGGAUAGGAGCAGCUGUGGAAUUUGCAUGGUGUCUCCACUACAUCAUUUGUAGCCAUACGGCCAACGUGGCAUUGCUGUCACUGGGGGCAUUGCCAGCCCUCACCUCGCUCUUGCUCGACCUGGCUUCUGAAAUCCCCCAAGAUGCUCCUGAGGGCCUGGAGCUGCUCGUCUGCCCAGUGCUGCGGUGUCUCAGCAACCUGCUCGCGGAGGAGACGGGCGGCGAAGCCCAGAUCCAGGACGAGCGCCUGCUCAUCGCCCUCUUCCUCAUCCUGCAGUGCUUCCUCCAGCAGCACCCGUUCAUCGUACAGGAGUGUCUCUGGCUGCUGAACAACCUCACGGCGGAUGAGCCCUUCUUCUGCUCCGCUCUGCUCUCCCUGGACUUGCUCCCAGCCCUGCUGCAGCUUCUGCCGUGUUCCCAGACGGCCAGUGUGUUGGUCCUGACAGUUCUGUGCAAUAUAGCAGAGAAGGGGCCAGCCUACUGCCAGCAGCUGCACCAGCAGGGUGUCCUGCCCCUGCUGCUGCCCACCCUCGCGCUGCCCGAUCCCGAAGUGGUGGGGCAGUGCCUCGAGCUGCUGCACCUCCUCUUCCUGCACUGGCCAGAGGCUGCUGCUGACUUCGUCAGGCAAGGUGGGCACUGCGCCCUCGAGCAGCACCAGAACACCCCAGAACUCCAGGAGCGGGCACGAGCGCUGCUGGACAUGGUCGGGCAGCCCCUGGGAGCCUCCAGUCCCUGCCAUGCCACCUCGUCAGCCUUCUCCUAGGCCACACCACUUCCCUUCCCUCCCCCUGCACUUCAAGGAGGUAUAAACAGUUUGUUCAACCUGUGCCCUGCUUUCCCAAGGGCUGGUUAGAGGUCUAACUGCCAGCUGUAAGCAUCAGUGCUGGCUGCACGAGGACACUGGUCCUUGCCAAGAUAUGGCUGUUUCCAUCCUUGUAGCUACCAGCCGGCUGCCCCGUGCCUCCCCAGAGCUUGAUGCAGCAGCAGAGCUGAGCUGCAACCCAGGCAGAUGGGUUCUUGGUGCCGGGGAGGUGGUGUAUAAACCCUGCUGGAUCAGCCAUUCCCGCCAGCAUCUCCUGGCUUUGAACCCAACAUGUGAAGCUCAGGGUAAGCACAUUGUGUUUAUGCAACUGAUAAGUGAAAGAUACACAUUUUACAUUAAAGAUCACCCGUCAAGUCGUCA